GGGUCUGUUGGAUUAUUUAUUAAAUAUAACAAAUAAUAAUGUGUCUGAUUUGUCCAUAAUAACUUGUGUGGUUCAGCAUCCGGACAUGUAUGAGCGUGCAGUGUUGAAGAAGCCCCAACAGAAAGCUUAUGGUGUGUCUGUGGAUCUGUGGAGCAUCGGUGUCACCUUCUACCAUGCUGCCACUGGCAGUCUUCCUUUUAUACCAUAUGGAGGCCCACGCAGAAACAAGAAAAUCAUGUACAAGAUCACAACAGAGAAGCCAGAGGGAGCCAUAGCAGGUGUGCAGAAGGUGGAAGACGGACCCAUUGAAUGGAGCUACCGACUGCCACACUGCUGUCAACUUUCAGAGUGA